ACGUCAGGGAACAUGUAUUGUGCCUCUGGUCGAGUUCAACGAUUCGUGCAGCUCUUGUGCGCAUGAGCGAAGAGGACACUUCACCGGGACUUUUACAAAGGGAGCACAGGGACUGGAGAGGGACCUAGAAACAAACUUCUUUGGAAAAAAGGCAAUGCUUGUCAUCUGUUAAAGGGUUUCUUGCUGCAUGUUUCAUUUGGAGAACGUAAGCAGAACUGUGGGCCUUCUCACCACUCAACAGCAGUUUGCAGGUUGCACGGCAAGCUUAUUUGAUGCAUGACAUUUGCAUGAGUGCAUUCAGGCUCUCUGCGGGAUUUCGAGCGAGUGUCUACAGCAAUGGCCCAAACCAUGCACGUUAACGGCAGUGCCUCAGAAAAAGAUGAUGAUGAGAAGGACCCUUACUGUUUGGAAACCCCGUAUGGUUAUCAGCUAGACCUGGACUUCCUUAAGUAUGUGGAUGACAUUGAGAGGGGCAACACCAUCAAGAAGCUGAACAUCCAAAGGAAGCCAAAAGUGGUCAGGUCUGCGCCGCCUCCUCAGAGUAGUUGCAGUGGCCAGACUGAGUGGACUUCAACAGACUCUUUAUCUUCUUCUAACAGCGAUGAGAGCAAACAGUCACCAGUCUACUUUACACCUCAGAACCAGGUAGCCCCCCCUGGCCAUACUGCCCAAGUCCAUGAAGCUCCCCAAGCCUUUGUGAACAUCCCUGAGACCAAGCAGCUGCUGCCUCCACCUUCUCCCCGCCUUCUUCGCCAUAACCCCCAAGUGGAGAAAACACUGAUGGAGACCCGAAGGCGACUGGAACAGGAGCGGCUCCUGAUGCAGCCACCAGUCAAUGAGCCGCCUCGUCGGCGACUAGCCAGUUUUGGAGGAAUGGGCUCUUCCAGUUCCCUGUCCUCUUACAGUGGUUCCUAUGGGCCAAGCCAGAUUUCACCCAGCUCACAUUCUUUUCAACAUAAUGGACAUCUAGGCAAUGGCGAGUACAACCCCUACUUCACAUCCUCUAUGGGCAGUUCGAUCCGCCACAGUCCCCUCAGCUCAGGCAUGACCACACCAGUGACCAAUGUUAGCCCACUGCACCUCCAGCACAUUCGAGAACAAAUGGUAGUGGCUCUAAAGAGACUAAAAGAACUGGAGGAGCAGGUAAAGACCAUCCCAAUCCUUCAGGUCAAGAUCUCAGUCUUGCAAGAAGAGAAAAGGCAACUAGUGUCCCAGAUGAAGAACUCCAAGGUAGCGGGGCAGAGUCCAGGUGGAGGAUUCAGGAAGCGCUCCUAUAGUGUUGGCAGUGCUGAGCAGUAUGAGCCCCUGACCCAGCUCAGGACAGGCUCUGAACUCCACAUUGAGGAGAUGGAGAACACUGAGCAGAGCACUCAAAGGCUACAAGAGUUCAGGCAACUGACAGCUGAAGUGGAGGCUUUGGAGAGAAACCUGCAGGAUAAUCGUGAGGAAAGGAAGCACAGCUUUCACCAAACAGAGGAAAAAAUAAACCAAAACGUCCAGCGGUUGAGGCGUGAGAGCAAGUCCAUUGGUGUUGGAGCUGAUGAGAACAUGAACAAUGUGGUUGUAUAUCGGAGGUCACCUGGACAGUACAGAGAUGUCGCUGUGGGAACAGAGCAGGAGUUGAGGAGCACAGGAGUUGGUGUGACUGAAGCCAUGCUAGGUAUGAGCAGUGAAGUAGAAGCUGAAAUUGAGAUGCAGCACCAAACCAUCGAAGCCCUGAAAGAGAAGAUCUACAGACUGGAGGUUCAACUUAAGGAGACCACUCACCAAAUGGAAAUGGGAAAGCUAAAGCUUCAACUUCAAGAGGCUGGAUCGAGAAAAAAGGCAGACAAGGGAAUGAUGGCAAGGCCAGAGAUGUACAGCACUUCAGUGGAGGCCAGAGUGUCCACACAGAGCCAAUGUGUGGGCAACCAUGUUGAGUUUAGCAAUGCAAGCACAAAUCAUGUCCAACAAAUGAAUUCAGUAGGCAUUAUUUGCAAACCAGAGGCAAGGCACGUUUCAGUGGGUCCGGAGUUGCCAAUGGAGCGGUGGAUUGUACAAGAACGUGCAGAAGUUAAGGAACAAGGUGUUGGCAAGCAGGUUGUGAUGUGCGACCAGGGUGUGGGAGUGGAAUUAAGUGUAUGUGACAUGGGGAUCAACACUGAAUUAACGGCUGAAGGUUUAGGACUAUGCAAAACCGAGGCUGAACAAGCCAAGGAGUUCAGGUCUGUUGGAUGUGGAGAUUGUUCAGUCGAUGUAAUGGUCAGGCCUAUCAAGGAGAUGGCAACCCAGAGCACAGCAACAGAUGAAGUUCACAGAACUGACUUUGGAGUCAUGGUCUUACCCAUGUGUGCCUCACAGUACACAAAUACAGAAAUUGAGACAAUAGGCAAGUUAACCAAUACAGACAAGGUAGUUCUUACGGAUUCCAGCACCACUACACAACCAUACUCACAAGACAAACAAGUUAGCACCGUACCAGUGGAGACUCGUACAAUUGCCAUUGGUGAUGGUCUUGUAAAAGAUGUGCCGGCCACAUUAAAAACGCGCUCAGUUUCAGUAGGUACAACAGCAUCUGAAGAAGGUAUGCAUGACAAGUCGCCAUCUUGCAAAACCAAAGAGACUGGGGUUGGCCUCAUGAACAUAAAUGAAAACUUUUUAGUCGGUCACAAGACAAGGAACAUUGCAUGUGGCCCUUCUCAGUCUCCUACCUUGAUCCAACUUGAGAGUGUUCCUGUGGGAUCAAUGUCAUCAGCAGGACCCAUCCACUCGCAGGCUGGGGCAGGUGUUGGUCUCGAUCACUACAUAGAGAGAGUGCAGAAGCUCUUGCAGGAACAGCAGAUGUUGCUUGCUCAGAACUACAGUGAGCUGGCAGAUGCAUUCGGCCCACCUCAACAAUCCCAGUUUAGCUCCAUCAAUAGUGAGCUGGUUACUACUCUAUCAUCCAUCAAUUCAGUAAUGAAGUAUGGAAGUGUUGAGGAACUCUCCAAUAUGGACCUUCUGAGACAGAAGGAGAAUUCAGACCACACCGUGAAAGAAACACAGAUGGUCAGUUCCCACUCGAGUAGUUCGAGCACAGAGGUCACAAGGAUAGAAAAUGUGUGUAUUGACGAUGCACAUGGUACAGCAACACAGAAAAGCCGCAUGGACCAGCAAAUGUCCACAGCACUGCAUGGCAGUCAUAGGACCCUGAAAUCCAUCAUGAAGAAAGAUGGUCAUCAGGGGCCUAAUGGCACAAAAAAGAACCUGCAGUUUGUUGGUGUAAAUGGAGGCUAUGAGACAACAUCGAGUGAUGACUCAAGCUCAGAAGAAAGCAGCUCCUCUGGGUCAGAGGAUGAAGAGGAGGACAAAGACAAGAUGGUGAAUGUGAGAGAGAGGAGGAAAGAAGAAUUCAGGAAUAAUGAAGCAGUGGAUGAAGACAGAGACACUGAAGAUUUAGGCCAGGACAAAAGGCAGAGGUAUGAAUUGAAUGAGAAGAUGCUUUCUGCAUGUAACAUGCUGAAAUCCCACCUCAACGACCCCAAGGCUUUAUCUAGUAAAGAUUUGAGGCCAUAUGUGAACACAGUGCAGCACGAGUGGUUCCGAGUGUCCAGUCAGAAGACGGCCGUGGCGGAAAUGGUGGAGGACUACCUGAAUGCUUUCAGAGGCAUCUCCCCUGCCCUGCUGCAACACAUCGUAAACAUGGCCGAUGGCAACGGCAACACUGCCCUCCAUUACAGUGUGUCCCAUUCCAACUUCCACAUUGUGAAAAAACUGCUGGAUGCUGAUGUCUGCAAUGUCAAUCAGCAGAAUAAGGCGGGCUAUACUCCCAUCAUGCUGGCAGCGCUCGCUGCCGUGGAGGCCCAGAAGGACAUGAGGGUGGUUGAAGAGCUGUUCGGCAAAGGCGAUGUCAAUGCUAAAGCCAGCCAGGCUGGUCAGACAGGGCUGAUGCUGGCUGUCAGUCAUGGCAGAAUGGACAUGGUGAAGGCUCUGCUCGCCUGCGGUGCAGACGUCAACAUCCAGGAUGACGAGGGCUCGACCGCACUUAUGUGCGCUAGUGAACACGGCCACGUUGAGAUAGUCAAGCUACUGCUGGCUCAGCCGGGUUGCGACGCCACACUCAGCGAUAAUGAUGAGAGCAAUGCCCUGUCUAUUGCUCUGGAAGCAGGUCAUAAGGACAUAGCAGUGUUGCUGUAUGCCCAUAUGAACUUCUCCAAAGCUCAAUCACCAGGUACGCCUCGACUUGGGAGGAAGACUUCACCCAGUCCUACAAGGAAAGGGCAUGUUUGAUCAUAGAGCUUCUACCCCACCCUGCCUGAGCUGCUAUUUUUUUUCAGGUUCUGCCAUGCCUACCAUUUUCAUCAGCUAGAAACCAAAUCUACAGCUAAAAGACUGAAAACUUACUUCAAACCUCAACUAAUGAGUAGUAGGCAAUUAUACUGAGCACUUUUUUCAAACUUCUCCUGGGUUAUGUCUUUCUCCUUGGCUUUUAGAUUAUAAUACAAAUGGACUUGCUAGCUAAGAGUCAGUCCCUUAAAGACCUCAAAUGUGUACUCACCCUGAAUGUAUUCAGAAAGUAUUCUUCUGCCUGAAAUCACCAGCGUAAUGUCAGAGCUAGACGUCAACUGGAAAGUGGCUAUGGAGUUGCCUUCAGAAUAUUGUUAUUCUCAUAUAAAUGUUUAAUUUUAUAAUAUAUGGAUAUAUCUUUGUAUUCUUCCUCCUUGUGAGUGGUCUAAAGCUUAAGUCAAGGUUUUUUUUUUUGGUUUUUUCCCCUAUUUUUUUUUUUUUUUUUUUUUUAAAUAAUCAAUAAUUUAUAAUUCCAAGAUGUGGCCAAUGUUGCCUGAAAAUGAGCUUUAUAUUUGAACCAUGUAUAUGCUGCCCGAUAUGUUCAGCCUUUGGGGUUUAAAUCUUUUCUUCUUUAAACAGAGUUUCCCCAGCAGAGAUGCCCAGUGGGCAUCAGAGGUUGAAACACAGACUUUCAACAUGCUAUUUUAAACAUAUUUCUAGAUUUGGAUUUGGUCCUUACUUUUAUACUUGCCAUUUUAUCUAUUUAAAAAUCACAGUAUUUAGGACAUUUCAGAUUCACUUUGUAACAUGAAGUUAUAUAUGUACCUAUUAAAAGUUUUUAUCGGAAAUAAUUGUAUUUUUAUUGUAUAUAUUGUAUGUUUGCGAUAAGUGGAUGCAGUAGCUUGGUUCUUCAUGUAAUAAACUUAAAUGUCAUAGGUGUAAUAAUAUGUGGCUUUUCAUGUGGUCACAAAUAGAAUAACAGAUAACUACAGAUAGUAGCCAAUAACUUGAUAAUAAAGUACUAAAAUGACAUGGCUUGUGCCCUUCUCUCUUCUGAAACUCUUAUUUCAGUUAGUCCCCUUUCUUACAGGUCAAUAGUACAAUGUCUCCCUCUACUGGAAUCGACAGCUAAUGUAUAUUUCUAAUAUAUU